GGUGAACAAAAUUUGAACUCUGUUGUCAACAAACGCUACUGAGAGCUCGUCGCGUUGGGUUGCGUUUCGGCCGGUCGUGUGUGAUUCGGCUACACAUCUUUUCAAAUUGAAAUCACAGUGUUUUAUUAUAAGAAAAUCUAUAUCGAUGGAGUGGAAGUGAUUUACUGACUUUUUAGAUCCCUGUUAUCGAUGUUUUAACCCGGGUGAGCUGAGAAGCGAUCAUCCUUGUUCAACAUCUUCAUUUUGGGUGCUGAAUAUUUAACGUUUUAUUGGUUUUAUGCCGUUUUUACAAGCAUCAUACAUAAAUCAUUGCUUUAAGUACCAUUGUAAGCCUUAAAGUAAUUUUUGAAUUGGAGUUGCCUUGCUUGGACGGUGUCAAGCAGGCGAGAGCGGCAAGCGAAUCAUGAAGAUUGAAGAUAAUGACAUCCUUGUGUGUGCAUCAGAAUACAUCCCAGACCGGCUCUACUUCGUGACGCUCCGCUCCCACCUGCGACCGAAGUCGACCGCCAACACGCACUACUUCUGCGUAGAUGAAGAGCUCGUCUAUGAGAACUUCUACUGCGACUUCGGGCCACUCAACCUGGCCAUGCUCUACCGCUACUGCCACAAGCUCAACAGGAAGCUUAGGUCGGUGGCUCACGCGAAGAAGAAGAUCGUGCACUACACCACGAUGGACAACAAGAAGAGGGCCAACGCCGCCUUCCUCAUCUCGGCGUACGCGGUGAUCUAUCUGAACCGGACUCCGGAGGACGCGUACCGGCCACUGGUGGGCGGCACCAACCCUCCGCUGCUCGCCUUCAGGGACGCCGCCUUCGGGCCCUCCACCUUCAAUCUGACCCUGCUCGACUGCCUGCACGGCAUCCACAAGGCCAUCAAGUUCAACUUCUUCAACUUCGACGACUUCGACGUGGACGAAUACGAACAUUAUGAGAAAGUACAAAGCGGUGACCUCAACUGGCUGGUGCCCGACAAGUUCCUGGCGUUCUGCGGCCCCCACUCGCGGGCGCGGGUCGAGAACGGCUACACGCUCCACUCGCCAGAGACCUACUUCCCCUACUUCCAGCGGCACAACGUCUCCACCAUCAUUCGGCUCAACAAGAAAAUCUACGACGCCAGCCGGUUCACGAAGGCCGGCUUCGACCACCGCGACCUGUUCUUCAUCGACGGCUCGACGCCCAGCGACCAAAUCACCAGAGAGUUUAUCGAAAUCUGCGAGCAGGCCACCGGGGCCAUCGCCGUCCACUGCAAGGCGGGCCUGGGCCGGACGGGCUCGCUGAUCGGCUGCUACCUGAUGAAACACUACCGCAUGACCGCCCCGGAGACGAUCGCCUGGCUGCGCAUCUGCCGGCCGGGCUCCAUCAUCGGCCACCAGCAGCACUGGCUGGUGGAGAAGCAGCCGCAGAUGUGGCAGCAGGGCGACGCCUACUACAACCAGCACCGCAACUACCAGAGGUUCGCGCGCUGCACACACGGCGUCUACGGCGGGCGGCGCAAGAACGCGCCCGCAGCCACCACCAACGGAAACGCCGCCGUCAAAAUCGCAGGCCGACAGCAGGACAUCAGCCGGAUCCUCUCCAGCCGGGUGGACCUGAUGAGGCUCAACGAUGACGACCUCGCCGGAAAGGUCAAGGAAAACCAGCGCAAAGAGCUCCUCUCCCUGGGAAGUCGUCACUCCCGCUACCGGCUAUCUGCGCGGCCCCAACGGCAGCGGGACGCCUACGUGUAUCCAUCCCUGCACCGACUGUCCUUUACCUCACUACCCUGCCCGGCUCGAAGGGACGAGGCCAACCGUAACGUGUCGACCCUGUCGAACGGAGAGCCCACCCAGGGCGACCACCUGACCCGUAUCAAGGCGAUGCGGCAGCAUCCGCGCCACGCCACCACCGGCGCCAUCUCCGCCGAGGAGCACGCGGGCCACACGCGCACCAAGUCGUCCCAGGUGUUGCGCGCCGUCUCGGGCGGCAGCAGCUCAGCCCUGUCGCCGCUGAAGUCGGCCAAGGUGUCGGCCAAGAGGACAGAGUCGGCCAGCGGAGCGCGCGCCAGCCGGGCGUCCAGCGCCAGCCGCAGCUCGAGCCGCUCGCCGGUCACGCACCCGGCCAAGACGAAGACGUCGCUCAUCAGAUGACUAUCGGCGCUGCCGUCGGGCCUGUCGUCUCGCUCGGGAGGCGCUGCGCGCACGCGCUCGGCCGGCGCCGGCUCGUGGUCGGCGCUGCUGACGGCCGCCCAGACGGGCGCCGCCGGCCGCACGCGGCGCGCGCGCAACUCCGCAUCGCCGGCGCCGCGCGUGCGCCGCGUCAACACGAGCGUGACGAUGGUCGGCGGCGGCACCGUAGAGCGCCACUCGCGACAGACGCUGGAGACGAGCGCGGCGCGACGGCGACGGGAGGCCGCGCCGGCGCCGGCGGCGGCGGCGCCGCUCGGCGGACGCCGCUCCACCAACCAGGAGAUCACCGAGUAUUUCAGGAGUACAAAGCGACGCGAGGCGCGCGCCCAGGCGGCCGCCGCGGACGGUGGUCCGGUGCGCAAGAGCAGCAGGGCGAUGGCGGCUGUGGCGGCGGCCAAGUAGGAGUGGAGCGGCGCGGCGCGGCCCGGCUCGACGGCAGGACGGACGGCGCGGCGCGGGAUCGAAUCCCACCUCAGUCGGCCGCCGUAUUUUUGUAUGCGUGGUUUUUAUUGGGUGCGUGGCGUGCGCAGUCUUCUGGUGGGAUGGUGGGUGACGUGACUUUAAUAUGAUCGUGAUGUUUUAUAGUAAUCGGUAGCCGAAGUAGCCACCGGCCGUUACUGGUCGUUUUAUUUGGGACGGUUUUAACAUGCAUUGUGUUUCGAUGAUUUGGCGUUUGGCCCGGCGCUUCGCGGCGGGGCUGGGGCGGGGUUCGAGCCCGCCACAGCCGAGCUCCCGGCCAGGCGGGGUGGCGAGGCCGGUCCCGUCCUCCCCGCCCAAACACAGGAGCGGCUACCUUCUUUUAGCGCUGUACAUUUAGUUGUUAUUUUUCACUACUUGUUGAUUUAUGGGCGCUGCUGUGACGUCUCGCCCCGGCCGUCUGUGCGGAUAGGAGCGUACCCUGUCCGGCUGGCGGCCCUACACAGGCACACACACAGAGACAUACAUAUUGCAUACACACACCGCUCUCAGCCGCGUAACCAUCCUCUGCUGCUUCUACACACACGGCGCUGUACGGUGCGCCCCGAGUUGUCACGCGGAGAAACCUAUCCAGAGUGUAACCAUAUUAUUUGUCGGCUAGUGUAUUUUUGUGAUGCUUUUGGUAGACACUUCACCUCUGUGUAUUAUGAGCACUUUUGUAAAGACAACAUGUAGAGUAUUUUCAUGGCAUUUGGUAUUGACAUGGUGUAAAUUGUGUGGAUGAGGGAACACGACUGUAUAAUUACACACUAACGGCCA